UCGUAGCUGUACUCCAGUAGCUCUUUUCCGUAUCAGAGUGUUCCAAAUAUGGGCGCUUUGAUUUGUCAGCCGGCUACAUAUUAUUUAGGAGCUUUUCUUCUGGCUAUCAGCUCCCUUAGCUUCUUCCCCGGCAUUGCGGAUGCAAAGCAUGGACCAAGAACAAGACACUACACGUUCGAUGUAAGGAUGCAGAACGUUACACGGUUGUGCCACACGAAGAGUAUGGUAACGGUGAAUGGCAAGUUCCCUGGGCCUCCUAUCAUUGCUAGAGAGGGGGACCGAGUAGUGGUUACAGUGGUCAAUCAUGUUCAAUACAAUGUUAGCAUCCACUGGCACGGGAUUCGACAACUUCAAAGCCAGUGGGCAGAUGGACCAGCAUACAUAACUCAGUGUCCAAUCCAAACGGGCCAGAGCUACGUUUACAACUUCACGAUAGUUGGCCAAAGGGGUACUUUAUUUUGGCAUGCUCACAUCUCAUGGCUCAGAGCCACCCUUUAUGGACCCAUUAUCGUCCUUCCCAAACCAGGAGUUUCUUACCCUUUUGCCAAGCCAUACAAGGAAAUUCCCAUCCUGUUCGGUGAGUGGUGGAAUGCAGAUACGGAGGCAGUAAUAAGCCAGGCUCUUCAAAAUGGUGGGGGGCCUAACGUGUCUGAUGCAUACACCCUGAACGGACGUCCUGGCCCACUGUACAGUUGCUCUCAGAAAGAAACCUUCAAGCUGAAGGUGAAGCCAGGGAAAACAUACCUCCUCCGACUGAUCAGCGCUGCACUCAACGACGAGCUAUUUUUCAGUAUAGCAAAUCACAGCCUCACGAUUGUGGAAGCCGAUGCACUGUACGUGAAACCUUUUAAAGCCGACAUACUGCUCAUAGGCCCAGGGCAGACCACAAAUGUUGUCCUGAAAACCAAACAAAACCAACCAAAUGUUCGUUUCCUUAUGGCAGCCAGACCUUAUAGCACCGCCGGCCUCGGAACUUUCGAUAAUACCACCACCGCAGGUGUUCUCGAGUACGAAGGGACAUCAAAAUCCUCUCCUCUGAUCAGACCAGCCCUCCCUGCCAUUAACGACACUUCUUAUGCUGCCAAUUUCAGUGCUAAAUUCCGCAGCUUAGCCAAGCCACAAGUCCCUCAAACGGUGGAGAAGAGCUUUUUCUUCACCGUGGGCCUUGGAAGCAGCCCUUGUCCUAAAAACCAGACCUGCCAAGGCCCGAAUGGUACCAAGUUCGCCGCUUCCGUGAACAACAUAUCUUUUGCCAUGCCCUCUACCGCAAUCCUGCAGUCCUAUUAUUCCAGGAAAUCAAAUGGGUUUUUCACCACUGAUUUCCCCAGCCGUCCGCUGAUCCCUUUUAAUUACACUGGCACCCCACCCAACAACACAAUGGUGAUGAACGGGACCAAAGUGGUGGUGCUUCCGUUCAACACGAGUGUGGAAUUAGUCAUGCAGGACACAAGUAUUCUUGGGGCCGAGAGUCACCCGCUCCAUCUUCACGGAUAUAACUUCUAUGUGGUCGGGCAGGGUUUUGGUAACUUCGAUCCCAAGAAACACCCGGCUAACUAUAAUCUUGUGGACCCAGUGGAAAGGAACACUGUGGCCGUGCCAUCUGGUGGGUGGGUAGCUAUUCGUUUCUUUGCAGAUAAUCCAGGAGUGUGGUUUAUGCACUGCCAUUUCGAAGUGCACCUGAGCUGGGGGUUGAAGAUGGCAUGGAUUGUGCUGGAUGGAAAGCAGCCGAACCAGAAGCUACCUCCACCGCCCGCGGAUCUUCCCAAGUGUUGAUUCUUCAAUCCCUCAACUUUCAACGAUUCCUCAGUAACACUUACGCCUGUUUUCCUUUUCCUCUGUUAAUGCUGUCUUUAAAACCCCCCCCCCCUUUUUCCUUUUUUCUCACCGCAUCUUCCUUAGUUUAUUGAUCAGUCGAAGAGAUUGUUCGGAGUCGACUUUGCUACUGUAUUGAGUUGAGCUAAAAGCUUCGGUGCGAAGCAUUGAGUGUGAUAAUUUGCGAGAAAUAAAAUUACGCAGCCGUUUGAAAGGAAUGCGGUUCAGCAUUUAUGGAAGUUUACUUUUUUUUUUUUAAGAGAUAAUACAACCUGUAAUCCUUUCGAUUGAGAGUUUUAUUGAUUUAAUCCCUCAAUUUUAAUUUUGAUUA